ACGCUGGUUGGCAGGAGAUGAGAUGGGCAGAUAGAUAGAUAGAUGGAUAAGGAAUUCAGCGAUUUAAGCUGAGCAGAGCUGCAGGGUGGAGGAAAGGAGCUGUGAGUGCAAUUUAUAGUUUAAUGACUGUAGCAAGAGAGCUGCUAACGCGGGCUGCUGGGUGGAAUAGGAGGGCAAUUAGGUGUGCAGAGGUGGCCACCGCGGUGCUUAGCGCAGUAGAGUUUGCCCCGCAAUAUUUCUUCCGAGUAACUCUCCCGGUGCCGGUCCUGAGGUCUGCGCGCCUCAGAGUGGACGGAUCGUGUCCCACAGGGCAAGAGCAGACGAGGGGCCAGUUUUUUUUUAACAUCCGGCCGAUGGAGAAAGUGACAGAUUGAUUAAACAAAAACAAAACAACCGCGAAGGACAGAAAUAACUUAAAUCGACGGGAGAGGAAGGAGGGAGCCAAUAUAAACGAAAGGAGAGUAAUAGAGCCAAAACGUAACUUAGUCUUAAAGGACCUCCCAAAGGCUUCGGCAGAGAGGCUGAGAAUGUAAGCCCGUUGGUAACACUGUCCUGAGCAAGCUAAAAAAAAAAAAAGUGGGAUCGACGAACACCGUUGAGGGAAAAAAGGCACACGGCGCUCUCUCUUCUGCACCAGAGACGCGUCUUGGUUGACGAGGAGGCACCUGUACGACAGGGCACCAGGAGUCCCAAGGAGGCAGAGAGAGGCGCGGGACCCCCGGGCUCUGUGGGUCUUCUUGUGUAUCCCCCCGCCCUGGGGUUUGUUCAAUGGCAGAAAGAGCUGUGGCCUGCCCAUGUGAUUCUUUAAAGGCAAAGGCUCGGAUUCAAACCUGGCAGGUCUGGGGGAUAGGCCGAUCCCCCAGCAACAGCAUCAAGUACCUAGACAGCUAUAGGACAGGGUGAGCUCCCAAGAGGGGCGUGGAGCAGACAGCCAGAGACGGGGCUGUGCCCAGCUUAAUCUGAUAGCAGGACUUGUGGGAAACAACAUCAAAACUGUGUCCGCAAGCUGGGCGAGAGAGUUGAUAAGAAAUGAAAAAGGGUUCUUGUUUUUUUAAAUCUAAAGUGGAGGGAAGGCAAGUCGGGCAGGCUCCAUGAGGAUUUAAAACACCACCACAAGACUCGCACCAGGAAGUGGCAGGGGGCGAAAUAAUACUAAUAGUCAUCACAGCUCAGGGUGGCUGACUGGCUGAAAUACAGACGUGGCAUUGUGGGGGAAGCAGGCACUGGGUGUGCUUUGCCAGCCUCAAAGGGUACGGAGAUAAGGUAGGCUGCAUAUAGCUGCAGGAGCAAGUGAGGAGAACUUUGCGCUCCAAAUUGCAGCGGCCAAAAAAGGAGGAAGCUGAACUUCAAAAAGAGAAGCAGCCAGCAGUCAAACCGGAGUGUGUGUGUGAGAGAGAAGGAGAGAAAGAGAGAAGAUGGGAAAAGGAUUCACAAGCCUAAUAAGGGCUUCCAGGGCCCUCCACCAGAUGUCUUCUGCAGAAUGAUUGACACGCCUCUCCAGUUGUGUGAUUUGGGCUCCUGCUGAUCUACCCUGGGUUUAAUUCCCUCUUUUGAGCCCGCCUGAAUUAUUUUACCUUCCUGGAUCAACCUACUCACCAACCUGGCCUCCUUUUUUCAAAAAAGGGGUUGAGGGUUCUGUAUGAACCUAUGCAGGCCAGGAAAAAAUACAUUUUCAUGACUUUCUUUGCCACGUGGCUUCUGCUUUUCUUAUUUGGAGGAGACCAAAUAAGGCGCCUCGUGUUCCUCUCUGGCAAGAAAACUGGAGGACUGAAGAGCUGGCCCCGCUGGGCGGAUGACUUUCUCCUGGAGAGCUUUGCAGAUCCUGAAGAGCUCCAGAGCGAUGACGGGGACCACCACGCUGAGCUGUCCCCCAAAGCCCGGAGAGAGAUGAGGAGAAGUAUCUACAAGAACAGCAGAUGCCGCAUGGAAACGUGCUUUGACUUUUCCAAGUGUAGGCAACACGGGUUCAAAGUCUUCGUCUACCCCUUGGAAAGAGGGGACCCUGUCUCAGAAAGUUACCUCAAAAUCAUCACAUCAAUUGAAGAGUCUCGCUAUUAUACCUCCAAUCCUGAAGAAGCCUGUCUCUUUGUCCUAAACAUUGAUACUCUGGACAGAGACCACCUCUCCGUACAGUAUGUCCACAACAUCAAUGAAAAAAUCCAAGAUUUCCCUCUGUGGAACGAUGGCCGCAACCACCUCAUAUUUAACCUUUAUUCUGGCACUUGGCCCAAUUACACUGAAGAUCUGGGAUUUGACAUUGGUCAGGCUAUCCUGGCCAAGGCGAGCUUUUACGUAGAGAAUUUCCGGCCCGGAUUUGACAUCUCCAUCCCUUUGUUUUCCAAAGACCAUCCCCAAAGAGGUGGGGAGAGAGGCUGGCUGCGCAAGACCACUGUCCCUCCUAAGAAAAAGUACCUCUUGGUUUUUAAAGGGAAAAGGUAUCUGACCGGUAUUGGCUCUGACACCAGGAACGCUCUCCACCAUAUCCACAAUGGCAAAGAUAUCAUUUCACUGACCACAUGUAAACACGGCAAAGACUGGGAGAAGCACAAGGACAAACGGUGUGACAAGGAUAAUGCGGACUACAACAAGUUUGACUACCAGGAGCUUUUGCACAACUCCACCUUUUGCAUCAUUCCCCGAGGGAGACGUUUGGGGUCUUUCCGGUUCUUAGAAGCAUUGCAGGCCGCCUGCAUCCCAGUGCUGCUGAGCAACGGCUGGGAGCUGCCAUUUUCGGAGGUGAUCGAUUGGAGCAAAUCAGCCAUCGUCGGGGAUGAGAGACUGCUGCUGCAGAUUCCAUCUACAGUCCGUUGUCUCCACAGCGACAAGAUCCUGGCGUUCCAGCAGCAAACCCAGUUCUUGUGGGAAGCGUAUUUCUCCUCUGUGGAGAAGAUUGUGCAAACCACCCUUGAGAUAAUAAAGGAUCGGAUAUUUCAUCAAGAAUCUCGUCCAAGGUUCUUCUGGAACGCCCUUCCAGGAGGACUGCUGGCGCUUCCAGAAUACUCCACCCACCUCAACGACUUCCCUUUCUACUAUCUGCGACAUGGAUCCAACCCUUCCAGCAAGUUUACUGCAUUCAUCCGGGCUGUCUCGCCAAUUGUCUCCCUCUCUCAGCCCAUCCUCAAGCUCAUCCAAGCUAUCUCCAAGUCUGAGUACUGUGCCCAGAUUUUAAUUUUAUGGAGCUGUGAGAAGCCACCCCCACAGAGCAGUAAAUGGCCGCAGACGACCGUCCCUUUGACCAUCAUCCAAGGCAGCAACGUCAGUGACCGGUUUUUGCCUUACUCAGCCAUUGGGACAGAUGCGGUGCUGAGCCUGGAUGAACACACCAGCCUCUCGACCAGCGAGGUUGACUUUGCCUUUGUGGUGUGGAGGAGUUUCCCCGAGAGGAUUGUUGGCUUCCCUAUGCGCAGCCACUUCUGGGAUGCCAACAAGGGCCAAUGGAGCUACACCUCAAAAUGGACCAAUGAGUUCUCCAUGGUUCUCACUGCGGCUGCGUUCUAUCACAGGUAUUAUCACAGCCUCUUCACCAAUUAUUUGCCUGCUAGACUAAGGAGCCUCAUCGAUCAGAUUGCCAACUGUGAGGACAUAUUGAUGAACUUCCUGGUUUCCACUGUCACCAAGCUACCUCCCAUCAAAGUGACCCAGAGGAAACAGCACCGAGAUACUCCCCCUCAGCAGCUGUUGAAGAGCGCUCCCCCAUCCAAUGGGAACCUUCAUUUCUCUCAGCGCCAGGAGUGUGUCAACCAGUUUGUAGCCUGGUUUGGGUACAUGCCUCUGGUGCACUCCCAGUUCCGCCUGGACCCCAUGCUCUUCAAAGACCAGGUGUCUGUGCUACGGAAAAAAUACCGGCAUCUAGAGAGAGACUAAGGAGGAAACUGCUACUCUCCGGGAGAAAAAAAUACUGAGGAAGGAGCACCAGCAGAAACAGCCCUCUCCCUGCUGGACACUGGGAGUACUGCAGCAUCAUGGCACAGAUUUGUUGCUGAGUUGGGACCCAUGCAGUUGGUAAUAUGGUAGGGAAGCAGACUUCACUCCCUAUGUGGGGCACUACGCCCGGAGCCUUCUAACUUUGGAUAGUGAAAGGUGGAAUGCUCUCACCUUGCUGGUAGCCGUGGAGAUGCCAGAUGAAUUUCCAGUCUUUAUUGGGUUUUACCAGUACAAAUAAAGGUUUGCAGGAAAUGUCUCUCUCUCUGAUUGCCUUUAACAGGCCUCUUUUCAUUGUCCUCACUUCAGAUAG